UCACACACCCCCCAAUCGAUGGAGGUAUAUAUCGAAUACUCAUACCAGGAGUCUCUAUCAUCUUCUACAAAACUGCCUUCCUUCAUUUCUGCUGAGGAUUUUUCAUCAAGAGGGUAGACUAAAUGUUUUUUAUUCCUCGUUUGAGUUUAUCAAAAUGUUGGAGACAUGUUGUCUAUUGACUCAGAGUCGCGUUCAGAGCGCAGAGCUCGGGAAUCUUAGCGGAUUGACUGAAGGGGAUCCCGGAUCAAUUAUUUAUCUCCUUCCCCCGUCGGAACAAGAGUUUGCAUGCAAAAGGUGGUUUAUUUCGGCAAGAUAAGCCUCCUCCUCCUGUCCUCCAUCCCUCCUCCUCCACCACCACCACACCACCAUGGCUGAGACAGUUGGACCUAAGACCCCUCUCAACAUUCCACGGGGUAACAACCACCCAGGGGUAACCUCCCUCCCCCCAGAGCCCAUCCAAAUCAUCCGCACCAAGGCCAGCUCCAGGAGGGUCCGCAUCAACGUCGGAGGUCUAAACCACGAGGUCUUGUGGCGGACGCUAGACAGGCUCCCCCGCACCCGCCUUGGAAAGCUCCGCGAUUGCAACACCCACGAGAGCCUGAUGGAGGUCUGCGACGACUACAGCCUCAAUGAGAACGAAUACUUCUUUGACCGGCACCCUGGCGCCUUCACUUCGAUCCUCAACUUCUACCGUACAGGGAAGCUCCACAUGAUGGAGGAGAUGUGUGCCCUGUCGUUCGGCCAGGAGCUGGACUACUGGGGUAUAGAUGAGAUAUACCUGGAGUCCUGCUGCCAGGCCCGGUACCACCAGAAGAAAGAACAGAUGAACGAGGAGCUGCGGAGGGAGGCGGAGACGCUGAAAGAAAGAGAGGGAGAGAUAGAGUUUGAUAACACCUGCUGCCAGGAGAAGAGGAAGAAGCUUUGGGACCUCCUGGAGAAACCCAGCUCCUCCCUACCUGCCAAGCAUAGAGCUGAAGUAAAGUGA